AUGCCUCAGUACCCGCCUCCCCAGGACCAGCACUACAGCAACGCUAACAACGCUAACAACACGGCUUCGUCAACAGCAACCUCGUAUACGCCUAGAGGAUACACCGGCGGAGCAGGUUACAGUAGCAGCUACUACGGUGGUGGUAACAGUGACCGGUACAACACCAGCUACAGUAGUCAUUCGACUGGGAGUGGCAAUGGUAGUAGUGCACCGAGUGGCACGAAUUCCAAGACAGUGUGCCGGAUGGACUGUCGGUACUGUUCUGCGGUUGUGUGUCUGAGGGGGAUGAAGGCCAUGCUUCUGGCGGACACUUCGGUUGAACUCUACUCAACUGAUCAUCCACCUGGUUCGGUCCAGCUAAUCGACAAGGACUACACGACAUCGAAUUGCAAGUGCAAGAUCCGCGACGUCGCCUGCAGGGUGUGCGGAAACGUAAUCGGAUACCACAUCACCCAACCCUGUCAACAGUGUCUCAAGGCCCCCAACAAUGGCCACUUUUGGAUGUUUCACACCGAAGGCGUCGUCGGUCAGGAGCGCAUGAACUUGGAUCUCGGAAAGCUGGUCCAAGAACUUGUUCGGUUCCCUCACUCUGCUGCAACACAAGGUGCGCCAGGGGCUGCAGCGGCAGAAGCAACUAGGAGACUGGCGGGAUUUGUGCAGAGAGAGCCUGUGGGUCCAUCACCACCCGCACCCGGGGCAGGAGGAGUGCAAAAUGUUGCUGCUGCAACUGCUCUCCCCCCACCACCUCGGCCCAUCAAUCUCACGACUGCCACUGUCAUGGCGGCAGAUACUGUAGAGCCUCGUGACAAUGCUGCGACGACUCGUGUGACCUCAAUCUCGAGACUCCAGCGACAGCAGCAGCGACUCGCUCAGACAACAUACUCGCCACCUUCUUACCCUCCUCUACCCUUGCGGGUCAUCAGCUCGUCUCCCACACCUGCAACCCCGACCCCGACUCCCCGAACCCAGCAACAACCCACAGCAACACCAGCAGCAAAUGAACCGUCUCAAACAUCAUCCACAACUAGCAAUCCAUAUCAGCACCGUGCUGCGCCCGAGCCAACCAUAGGCCCCUCCGCAACAACCACACUGAUGAACUUGACGCUGUCACAGUUCCUGCGGCCCAUGAAGUGGGAACAACUGCCACCCCCAGACUUGGACAUUGAUCUGGACCCGAACGCGAUGGGCGGCGAGCCUCUUUUCGCGGGAGAUUGGAUGGAGCUUGUGAAACGGACUGCUGAAACUGCGGCGGCCAAUAUGUCGUUGGCUUUGGAUCAGGAGGAAGAGACGGAGCAGUAUAUGGCGCGGAUGAUGGAGGAGCAUCGGCAGCGACAUUUGCAGUUGGAGAUGGUUGAGAGGGCUGAGCUUGAAAGUGUUGGUGGUGGUAGCGAGGGCCGGAGUAGUGAGGAGGAUGACGAGGAAGAUGUGUUGGAGCUACUCCCGGAUCAUGACGAGGUACCCACUACUGUGAGCGAUACCGAGGUCGAUUUGGAAGCUGGCAUUGUCGAUGGACAGAGGCAACAGCGAAUGGAGGAUGAAGAGGGGAUGGAUCGAUUGAUUCACCGCGUCGACGGUGUCGCACUCGCCGGUUCUCCUCCUGCACCUAGUACCAUCCCCGGCGAGCACAAGGACGAAGACGAGGAUAUGGACAUGAACGGAGAACCUACAGGUCGUGGACGAACCCUCGAACGUCGCCAGUACGACUCCCUCUCCGUUGACGCAAAUGGAGUCCCCGCAUCUGAACAGCAACCAACAACACCUUCCUCCAACACAACAACUUCUCCAUCGAUGGAAUCGAACCGCCACCGUCGCGGAAACAGCCUGGGCAACACACUCUUCGGAAUCGUAACCGGCGCACCUCCACUGCACGAUGACCAUCGCCCAACCCACCGCCGCCGUAACAGCAGCCAUAGCAGCGGUAGUAGAGGUAGCAGUGGUAGCAGCACUGACGCGUCGUCAGACCGCACGGCCUACUAUUCGUCCGAGAGCUGCCCAGCGAUGGUGUUGACGUCUGCGAUGAUUGCCAAGGCGUCUGCCUCUGCCGCUGCUGCUGAUGCUGCCACUGCUGCCAACAGCCUCUUGUUUGGUCGUCGCUCCCGACGCGACUAUGAUAUGAUGUGUCGGUAA